GUGGGGCUGUUGCAGGGGGCAGGUCGGACACACAUGGGGAAAAAGAAACAAAGGAUACACAUCCAGGCAGGAAGUGCACCGGCGUAUUUGGGGACACAGGUUAAAGGCUACAGUAGGUGGCUGCAUGUGACACACAAAGUUAAACUCAUUCAUUACCAACUCAAGUCACUAUCUAGGCUACAAGAGGAUAGUUAUGUCAGCCGAAGGUGAGGAGCAGAGCGCCGCCCAUGACAGCAAAUGUAUUUUCUGCAGAAUCGCCAACUACCCGGACAGCGACGCUGAGCUGCUGCAUUCUGACGACAGCUUGGUCUGUUUCAAAGACAUAAGACCCGGAGCCCCUCAUCACUAUCUGGUGGUACCCAAAACACAUGUUGGAAACUGCAAGACUCUUUCAAAAGAUCAUGUGCAACUAGUGACGAACAUGGUUGAGGUUGGCAAGAGUGUGCUACAGAAAAACAAUGUGACGGAUCUGGAAGAUACCCGGUUCGGUUUCCAUUGGCCUCCUUUCUGCUCCAUAGGCCAUUUACAUCUCCAUGUUUUGGCCCCAGCCAGCCAAUUGGGAUUUCUCUCUAGAAUGAUAUACAGGAUCAAUUCCUACUGGUUUAUCACGGCUGAUCAGCUGAUUGAACGUCUUCAAGCAAACACAGAUGCUAAGUGAACUGCUGCCUUUAGCUGUUAUGAUCUUGUCUCCUUGCAGAUAAAUGAGACAGACAUGUUAGGUGGUAAAAGGGAUAAAAGCCCCCAUUAUGUUAUGAAUGAAUGCAGUUUAUCAUUUGAUUGGAAUCUAGGUUUUAGGC